UUUGGCUCAAUAUGAGGGGACUCUUUUUUUAAUUAAUUACCUUAAUUAAUUUAAAUUAACAUUAAUUCAUAUUUGUUUAAAUUUAAUCUAGUUAGCAAGCAAUGGAGUCCAACGAGAUUUCUAUGGACAUUGAGCUGCCACUUGAAAAUCCAACUUCAGAGUCACCAGCGAAGGACGGCACUAAUGAUAACAGUGAGGUUGUGAGGUGCUCCUCAAAUGCUUCCUUACAAUGCACUCAAAGACCAUUUCGGAGACACAGUAGCUUGUUAAAGGUUAAGACUAAGUCGAGGAUGAUGGACCAUAUAGUUGGAAAUUUUGUGGAAGAAGAUGAGGAGCAGGAUCAGUUAGUCAAAGAGGACUUAGAGAGAAAAAGUCUAUGGGUUUUGCUCCAAUGGGUGGGUUUUAUUUUGAUAACUACGGCUUUGAUUUCUAGCCUUACACUUCCAAGUUUAGGAAAGAAGAAUUUAUGGAUACUUGAGUUAUGGAGGUGGGCAAUCUUGGUUUUGGUAGUUAUAUCUGGAAGGUUGAUAUCAGGUUGGAUUAUUAGAAUAAUAGUGUUUUUCAUUGAGAUGAACUUUCCGUUGAGGAAAAUAGUUUUUUACUUUGUUUACGCAUUGAGGAACAUAGUUCAAAAUAGUUUGUGGAUGGUUCUGAUUUUGAUUGUUUGGCAGUACUUGUUUGAUAAGAAGGUUGCAAAAGAAAUCAAUAGUAAUGCUGUUAGACUUGUUACUAAGGUUUUAGUUUGUGUUGUGGUGAGUCUGAUGUUUUGGCUUGUGAAGACACUAUUGGUGACAGUUCUUGCAUCUUCUUUUCAUAAGAGCACAUACUUCGAUAGAAUCCUAGAUUCUUUAUUUAAUCAGUAUGUGAUUGAGGCACUUUCAGGACCACCUAAAAACCAAAAAAUAGAGGAAGAAUGGAAGGGAAUUGGAGGGAGUGGAAAAAUGAGGAAAAGUCCACAAGACAAAACCAGUACACUUUUGUGCUUGGCUUCUUGGAACGGACAUAAAAAAAGUUGGGGCAUAAGCAUUGAUGAGCUGCACCAAAUGAAUCCCAAGAAUAUUUCUGCUUGGAAUAUGAAGAGGCUGAUGAAUAUAAUUCAGCAUAGUCCACUUUCUACCUUGGACAAGCAGAUAAAAGAUAGCAAGUCAACCAAAAUUAAAACCAAAAACGAGGCGACAAAUGCAGCAAAAAGGAUAUUUGAAAAUGUUGCUAAGCCUGGAUCUGGGCACAUUGACUUGGAGGACAUUGAGAGAUUCAUGGGAGAAGAUGAGGCCCAAAAGACUAUGAGUCUCUUUGAAGAAGGAUCUGAAAGCAAGAGAAUUAACGAAUCAGCAGUGGAGAAAUGGGUGGUUACCGCUUUUAGAGAUCGGAGGGCUCUUUCCUUGACACUAAAUGAUACUGAGACAGUUGUUGAAAGACUUAAUCGGGUGGUAAAUGUCUUGGUCAUUAUCUUCAUACUAGUCGUAAGUCUCCUUAUACUAGGAAUAACAACCGGGAAAGUCCUCCUCAUGGUUAGCACUCAAGUUCUUUUGCUUGCUUUCAUAUUUGGAGACACUUUGAAGACAAUAUUUCAAUCAAUUGUCUUCAUAUUUAUAACACAUCCAUUUGAUGUUGGUGACCGUUGUCAAAUUGAUGGCACUCAAGUAAUGGAAGAGAUUGGCAUCUUGAACACUAUUUUCUUGGGACAUGACGACAGGCAGAUCAUAAUCCCAAAUACUGUCCUUGCUAGUUAACCCAUCUGUAACUUUUAUUCAAGCCCUGACAUGGGAGAUGAAAUUGACUUUUGUGUCCACAUAGCUACUCCACUAGAAAAAAUUGAUACAAUGGAACAAAAGAUACUAAGGUAAGUUUGCCUGCUUGCUUGCAUGUGGGUUUGUGGGCACUCAUGGGUAGGUAAUUUAAGUAAAUGGUUUUGAUCUUA